AUGUUGUAGCACCGUGCGAUAUUUGGUGGCAUGUGCCUGGGCUUUGGAUGACAGUGAAGUUCUGAACGAGUCGGGCCUUUCCCCAGAGUUCCACCCCGAACAUCGGCACGCAAUCGGCGUAGCUUUCGCCUUUCUAAGACCAGAGUUUGUACCAUCGACCUCGAAAAAUCCAGCAGACUAAACAACAUACCCAAUAUGCCAGUAUCUCAAAAGUUCUCCGCGCAUCUCAAUUCUCCAGUCAUUCUGGACGGGGCAUUGGCUACCUAUCUGGAAACAUUGGGUGCAGACAUCUCUGGUGCUCUUUGGUCGGCAGACAUUCUACUCCAGAACCCCUCUCUGAUCAAACAAACACAUUUGGACUACUAUCGAGCCGGCGCCCAGGUCGCCAUCACAGCAUCUUACCAAGCGUCCCUCGCAGGACUCAGCAAACACCUCAAUUUAGAUGAAGAGGAGGGAAAAGAUGUUGUGCGAAAGAGUGUAAAAUUGGCGCAAGAAGCGAGAGACCAAUGGGUUGAAGAGCACACCAAAGAUUCGAGUUCGGCAGAGAAGUCCCGCAUCCGAAAUCGUCUCUUCGUAGCAGGCAGCGUAGGACCAUACGGCGCGUUUCUCGCCGAUGGCAGCGAGUACCGCGGCGACUACCAGCUCGCAAAAGACGACAUGAAAACCUUCCACCGCGGCAGAAUUCAGGCUCUGGUCGACGCCGGCGUAGAUGUGCUCGCGUGCGAAACCAUCCCCAGUCUGGGCGAGACGCAGGCCCUGAUCGAGCUGCUGCAGCAGGAAUUCCCGGACUCGGAGGCCUGGUUCACGUUCACGCUGCGCGACGCAGACCACAUUGCCGACGGCACGCCGCUGGCGCAGAUUGCAGCGCUUUUUGACGACGCGCCGCAGGUCGUAGCCGUGGGGUUCAAUUGCACGCCAGAUGACGUUGGUCUUGCGGGGCUGCGGGCGCUGAAGCCGUUGCAGGAAGGGAAGCGCUGGGUGAUGAUUGUAUAUCCUAAUUCGGGCGAGCAGUGGAAUGCUGCUGCACGGGAGUGGGAGGGGCAGAGGACGGAGGGGGGUCAGCUGGCGGCGAAGACAAGGCAGUGGGCUGAUGCGGGAGCGGUGUUGGUGGGUGGGUGUUGCAGGACGACACCGGAGGAUAUCGGGGUUAUGAGGGAUGUGCUGCAGCCGGGAAGUGCCUGAGACUUUCGGCUGAGCUGGUUGUAUUGGCUUGUAUGUGAUGUGACAUACUCCGCGGUGUACCUUCGUGCGCGGAUAGCUAUGGUAUCUAGACAAGCAGACCUUUUGGAGGUCGAGGCCCUGCUGUAGGCUUCAUCGUCCAGCCCGGCUAUGCCACUGGAUGUGCUCCAAUAC